GCAAAGGCCAACCGACUUCAGAAAAUGGUUUCUAACACCCACAAGUGCGGUGUUUGAACUUCUUUCCUCUCCAGACCCUUCAGAUUUUUGAGGGCUGCGUCUCUGGGUGUGGGUGCAGGAAGUGGCUCUCGCCUCUCUGGCAGCGCCUGGGAGGGCCCCAGGGGAUGAGAACGAGGAGCCCACGGCCAGUCAGGCAAAGGUUAGGGAGGGAAGCGAAGGCCAGUCCAGGACGGCUCCCCUCCCUCCCGGGAAAUGUUUGUGUUUCUCCUCCCGGAGGGAGGAAGGACAAACAAGCUCUUUUCGUGCCUUCUGGGCAGCUCCGCGCUCUGCAGAGCAGAGUCAGUGGAGCAAGCGUGAGGCUGGAGGGAGAAAAAGCGGUCCCGGGACCAGACCUCUCCACUCUUCUCCGGCAUGGACCUCGCUGGACUGGCCAGCUGCUUCCCAGAAUGACCACUUGUGGGAGACUCCCUGCUUAUCAAUGCCUGGAGGGACCACCUGCCUGGGGGACAGGCAGCUGGUGACCAGGGCUCCAGAGAAAGGACACCCGGGGGCUGUGAUUUCCUGGCCGCAGUUUCUGUUUGCCUGGGGCUGCAUCCACCCCCAUGUGCGGUCUGUGUCAUCGUCUGUACCUGCAUCCCAGGGAGAACUCAGAAAAGCAGCCGCAGGGUGAGUGGCAGCCGUCAGAUUCGCGCCUGUGUCUCUGUGGGGACUGCUGGGGCCGGGAGCGCUCGCCCUCCGUCCGCCAUGGACAACGGGUCGUGCUGCCUCAUCCAGGGGGACCCCAUCACUCAGGUGAUGCCCCCGCUGCUGAUUCUGUUCUUCGUGCUAGGCGCCCUGGGCAACGGCAUCGCCCUGUGCAGCUUCUGCUUCCACAUGAAGACCUGGAAGCCCAGCACGAUCUACCUUUUCAACUUGGCCGUGGCCGACUUCCUCCUCAUGAUCUGCCUGCCGCUGCGGACGGACUACUACCUCCGGGACCGACAGUGGGCCUUCGAUGACAUCCCCUGCCGGGUGGCGCUGUUCAUGCUGGCCAUGAACCGGGCCGGGAGCAUCGUCUUCCUGACGGUGGUGGCCGUGGACAGGUACUUCAAGGUGGUCCACCCCCACCACGCGGUGAACGCCAUCUCCAACCGGACCGCCGCCGGCCUCGUCUGCGCCCUCUGGGCCACGGUCAUCCUGGGGACGCUGCAUCUUUUGACGGAGAGCCACCUGUGCAUGCUCGAGACGACCGUGUCCUGUGAGAGCUUCAUCAUGGAGUCGGCCAACGGCUGGCAUGACAUCAUGUUCCAGCUGGAGUUCUUCCUGCCGCUCGGCAUCAUCCUGUUCUGCUCCUGCAGGGUUGUCUGGAGCCUGCAGCAGAGGCAGCAGCUGGCCCGGCAGGCUCGCAUGAGGAAGGCCACCCGCUUCAUCAUGGUGGUGGCGGCCGUGUUCAUCACCUGCUACCUGCCCAGCGUGUCGGCCCGACUGUACUUCCUCUGCACGGUGCCCUCCAGCGUCUGCGACCCCUCCGUCCACACGGCCCUCCACGUGACCCUCAGCUUCACCUACAUGAACAGCAUGCUGGACCCCCUGGUGUAUUAUUUUUCCAGUCCCUCAUUCCCCAAAUUCUACACCAACCUCAAAAUCUGCAGUCUGAGACCCAAGCGUCCGGGGCACCCCAAGACUCGGCGGCCGGAGGAGAUGCCCAUCUCAGACCUGUGUCGCCGGAGCUGCACCAGUGUGGCCAACAGCUUGCAGAGCCAAUCGGAGCUGCGGUGGGAUCGACGGAUGUGAGCGGCCGGCUUUAAAACAGACAGAAUCAAGGAGGACAGAUGGGUGACUUGGAAAUAGCUCACACAAAGAAAGGGGCCAGGGGCUGGGCUGUAACCUCCUCCUCUGGUGGAAACAAGCCUCAGGCUGCUGCGCCUUUUCAUGGAAAGUCCCAGUUGAGAAGUGAGUCGGUCAAAUUUAUGGGAUCUGAUUACAAACCACAGCAGAUGACAUGCCGUGUGCUCGUAGCGGGUAUGUGUGUGCUGGGUGGGGGUGGGGGUGGGGGGCGGGGAGGUGGGUGUCCGGCUGAGCUGGGCUCCUGUGGCAUUUGAAACGGCUGAGGAAGUAGGUACUACAGCUGUCCUGUCCUCUCUCUCACGGGGAGUUAAUGAACUUGAUGACUUACCAGUAUUUCUUCUCCUCUGACCGGAAAUCAUUCCUUGUCUCGGAAAACAGAAACUGGACUAAGUCGACACCUCUGUGCGGGGCUCACGGAGGCUCUGCGGGCUGGAAGGCCUUAGUCUGAUGGUUUUCAUCUUCCUGGGGGGGGUUGCGGGGUUGGGGGGGGACUCUGCUCGUUUCUUGGCUGCUCAGGGGCCCAGGAAGAGUGACAGGAAAAACAAUCUGCUCUGACCUUCUCCGGACUCCACAAUUUUCCGCAAGCCUUUGCAUUUGAAACAACUCGCUAAGGGGUAUGUUUACCUGCCCUGAUUUUUCCAGUGGGAGCUGGAAAAAAAGCCCCACUGGCUUUUGGGAAGAGCCAGGACCAGCAGAACGGCUUUUGCCCGCUUGCUCUGUAGCCGUGAGUUGACAUGAUCCCUUCCUUUGUGCUUCAGUGUUUACUGAGCUCCUGUGCCGUGCCGGGCACUGUGCUCUGUCCCUUUACCUGGAAGGCCGUUUGUCAGUCAACGCUUAGGUGAUAGCAAAGGUAUUUGGGGGGAGGGGCUGAGAGGUCAAUGACCUUCACCCUUUCAGUGCAGCCCGUAGAGCAGUUUGGAGAACAGGGUCUGUAAAAUCAGUGUGGGAUUCUGCCCACACACGGAGGGGGGGCAGGGUGGGCUCCCGGCUGCCUGUGGGGGUCCCGCAGGGAACCCUUGAAGCUGAUGAUUCUGCGAGGCCACACGGGCUGCUCUGCCCUGGAUUCGGGGGAAGAUGCCGGGCCAGCCUCAGCUCCAUUCUCAAGCCCCAGAGCGGUUCCGGAUGGAGGUGGUUCUCGGGUCUUCAUUUCCACUCUCUCAAACUCCCAGGGUAUUCUGUUCCCGUGAGGACCCGAGAAGCUUUCUGUUUGUUUGGUUUUUGUUUGAUCCUCACCUGAGGACAUUUUUUUUCAUUGCUUUUCCAGAGAGACACAGGGAGAGAGAGGGGAAGGGAGGAAGAAAGAGAGAAGGAGAAACAUUGAUCAUUUGCCUUUUAUACGUAUCCUGACUGGGGACCGAACCUGCAACCCAGGCAUGUGCCCUGGCCAGGAAUCGAACCCAUGACCUUUAAGUUUGUGGGACGACGUCCAACCAACUGAGCCACACUGGUCAGGGCAGGACUGUACCAGCUUUUAGUCCUUUGGCCUCCAAAGCCCCCUCUAGGCUGCCCUUAUUGCUUCUUUUUUCAGAAGCGCCGCAGAGCUUAGUAAAAGCAUGGGCCAUGCAAAGUCAGACAAAUCAAAGAGUGAAUCCCACCCCAGCCGCCCACUAGGUGCGUGGUCUGGGGGCAGACUCGACAUAACCACUUUGAGCUGUAAUUUCCACAUCGGUCAAGUGGGCGUAACAAGAAGGCUGAGUUCAAAAGGUCGUUGGGCAGAUUCAACAAAUAUCAGAUCCUGAAGCACGGGAACUUGGGUCACUGUUAGAUCCCCGGUGGCUAGAAGAGUGCCUGCACAUAGUAGGUGCUCAAGAAAUAUUUGAAUGCACGACUAAGUGCACAGGAAGCGGUAAGCCUAGGGAGCGGCGGUCAGUAUUCCAUUUUGUGACUUUUUAUGUGAGCCUACUUUUCACAUAAAGAAACUGAGGCACGGAAGUGAUUUCCUUUGGGGUUCAGGGCCCCUCGGUGGCUGCUGCACUGUUGCUCCCCAAAUUCUUCUGCUCCCCAGGUGCCUGGGGAGGAGGAAAGGCCAGGAUUUUAUUUUAUUUUUUUUUGGUUAAGAGAGAGAAAGAGAAAGAGCAAGGAGGGGGAGAGAGAGAUUCCUUGUUCCGCAUAUCGAUGCAUUCAUUGGUUGGUUCUCGUACGUGCCUUGACCACGGAUCGAACCUGCAACCUUGGCGAGUUAGAACAACGCCCAAGGCACCUGAGCUUCCGGGCCAGGGUAGAAUCCUUAUCCGCAUCAAAGAAACGUGUAUCUUCCUCCUAGCAAUCUGUGAAAACCACACUUCUGCUUUCGCUUCUAUUCUUAGUUCUAAUUCUUUCCUGGGCUGCUCCUUUGUUGCUUCAUUGUAAUAAAAAUGGUUCCCCAAGUGA